AUGUUUGAGAGCGAAGGCGCGGGAGGGGCAGAGCCGCGGCAGCGGCGCUACUCCAGUGACUGGGGCAGCGUGAGCUUGUCAAGGGCGGGCUCCAUAGUAGGCUCGAGGGCAGGCUCGCCUCGGGAGAUGGGCCCUGGGCAGCCAAGCGCAGGGCCCCCCUUCAAGUCUCACAGCAGUGAUGACAUCGGCAGCUCCUGGAUGCGCACGGUGGAGUCUGGCAACAGCGGCACUCAGUCCCUUGCCUCUGACUGGGCAGAGUACGACGGGUAUUCGGCGCCUGAUGUGAGGGAGUCUCCAUCAUACAGAACUGUCCAGCGGGCCCCCUCACCGAGCCCACAAGCACCUUUGGAGGGUGCAGGGCAACCUGCACUGCACAGCCGAGGUGACAGCGACGGCAGCUCGCCUGCGAGAAUGCUUCAGCAGGAGGUCAUACGACUUCAGAUAGAGCAGGAUGACAUGGCGAUGAGGCUCAAGUCUGAGCAGGCGCGGACACGAGAGGCAGAGGCAAAGCUUGCCGGGCUGUCAUCCACCCUUCAGCAACGCCUCCUCCAGCUUGCCACAGAGGUGGAGGCGCGCGGAAGCGCUCUGGAAAGGCUGAGGGAGGAGAACGAAUCUUUGACAGAGGACUACAACAGACUGCGCGCCCAUUCAGCCUCUGUUGAGGAGCAAGCGCACGCCAACAUUGCUGACCUGGAGCGCCAGCUGGCAGAUGCACAUCGCAACGCUGCUGACGCCGGUGUCGCUGCGGCAGCGGCGCAUGCGCGCGCCCAGCACGACAGCUCCGCGGAGUCGCACGAGAGCAGGUCAGCCAGGGAGGACCUGGAAGCGCAGCUCGAGGCAGCCCAGACGAGAGCACAGGCGGCGAUGACUUCAGCAGCCGAGGCGCAGGCGCGCGCGGCAGCUGCUGAGGCGGCCCGGGACGAAGCCGAGCGCAACCGUGCGGCGGCCGACCGCUCCCGGCGCGAAACUGAGGCGCAGGCGCGCGCCGCGGCGGAGGUGGCCGCGGCCGAAAGGGACGAGCGCGCAGCCGCGGAGGGGCUGAGCGAACAGCUCAAGGCGGAGGCCGACCGGCGCGCCAAGGUGUUCCACAACGCCGUCAAGGCCGCCAUUGGCAAGGUGCAAGCCGAGCUCGAGGCUGAGCGCGACGCUCUGGAGGCCCGGCUGAAGCAGGUGGAGCACACGUUGGCAGAGGCUCAGCAGGAGGCGGCUGCGUCUGCUGCCGCUAUGCAAGAGGCUCGCAGGGAGGCGGCUGCGCGCAUGCGCGAUGCCGAGGACGCCGGCAGUCUUGCUGUGGCCGCGCAGGAGGCUGCCGACGCGGCGGUCGCGCGCGAUCGAGCCGCCAGGGCCGCAGCUGGGUCCGCUGAAGCUGCCCUCAACGAGCUGCGAGGGGGUGCUGUAAAAUUAGAAGGAGAGGUGAGAGAGGCCAAUGCCCGCGCACAUGAGGCUGAGGCUGCUGCUGCCAGAGCCAAGAAGCAGCUGGAAGAAGCGCAACAGAAGUUGGCUGCUGCAACAUCGUCAUCACAGAUGGACAUUGCGCGGUGGCAGAGCCGGGCAGAGGCAGCCGCUGUGGCAGCGCGCGAGACGGAGGCGCGGUGUCAAGCAGCCGCUACCUCAUCUGCUGCAGCCGCAGACAACGCUCUGCAGGACGCUCGCACAGCAAGGGAGCAGGUUGCAGCAUUGGAGCGUGAGCUGGCAGAGCUGAGGCAGGCGCGUGGGAAACGCGCGUACGGGUUGCCGUCGCGAGCAGACAUCAUCUCCAGCCUGGGCCUAGACAGGUGGCGGGAAGAGCAGCUGCUGCCAUCCGCCAGCUCAGCGUCCUCGCUGGACAUUGAGGCAGCCAACAAGAAGGACAAGGCGCGACCAGGUCGGCAGCAGCACCUGUCAGCAUGA